UGGCCCACUAGGUGCCAAGUCUCUACCUCCCAAUGGUUUCUGCCGGCCCCGGUCACACAGUACUCCUCAGAGGCGAUGGCAAUGCUGUGGCUUGCGGAAGGAAUGAUUUUGGACAAUGCGACAUUCCACAUUUGGAAGACGGGAUAAAAUAUAUGCAGGUUUCUGCAGGCAGUCUUCAUACAGUACUUCUCAGGAGUGAUGACGUUGCUGUGACUUGCGGAACGAAUUGGUUUGAACAAUGCGACAUUCCGCCGUUACCUGAUGGAAUGACAUACACCCAGGUUUCUGCAGGCAUGCAUCACACAGUACUUCUUAGAAGCGAUGGCGUUGCUGUGGUUUGCGGAAUGGAUGGUUCUGGACAAUGCGACAUUCCACCGUUACCUGAUGGAAUGACAUACACCCAGGUUUCUGCGAGCAUUUUUCACACAGUACUUCUUAGAAGCGAUGGCAACGCUGUGGCUUGCGGAAAGAAUGAUUUUGGACAAUGCGACAUUCCACAUUUGGAAGACGGGAUAAAAUAUAUGCAGGUUUCUGCAGGCAACGAUCACACAGUACUUCUCAGAAGUGAUGGCGUUGCUGUGGCUUGCGGAAAGAAUGAUUUUGGACAAUGCAACAUUCCGCCGUUACCUGAUGGAAUGACAUACACCCAGGUUUCUGCAAGCGUGUAUCACACAGUACUUCUCAGAGAUGAUGGCAAUGCUGUGGGUUGCGGAAGGAAUAAUUUUGGACAAUGCACCAUUCCACAAUUGGAUGACGAAAUUUCAUAUACCCAGGUUUCUGUCGGCAACCAUCACACAGUACUUCUCAGAAGUGAUGGCGUUGCUGUGGCUUGCGGAGCGAACGGUCAAGGACAAUACAACAUUCCGACUCUUUAUCCGGGGACUUGGUACGCUGCAGAUGUGUCAGUUGGUAGAAACCUUGUGUUGCAACUAGAUUGUUCUUGCCAAGCUGAUGCUAUGCUGCUGACUUUCUCUGGUUUGACUGGAGACGAAGUGAUGCGCUUGAAUGCAAGUCCAUCUGAUCCUGCCUGGAACACUCACAAGCACAUUGCGCAUGAAUUGAAGGUUCCACUCCAAAGUCUUCGAGUGGUUUUACCCGAUGGACAGUUGUUGGCCGCAGCCUGCCGUGCGAACCCGGGAGCUAGCCUUGCAGAUGUCAUUGAAACUCGCAAGCGUCGGCGUCUCACCUAGGUUCGGAGCGGAAUUGGAUCGGAAAA